CGUGGUUUUCGACGCUUUGCUCGCGCACUUGAUUUCCUCACAAACCCUUUAGAUAUGGAUUAUUUUUUUCCUUGCGUUGUGUUUGUGUCAAACAUCGGUUCCCAUCGUCGACUGUGAAAUCUUAUUUCGCGUAUUAUUUGACCCAUUGUUAUUUUACACAGAAAUGGCUGAAAUCUACUCCAGUUUCUCAACGUAUUCCUCUUAUCACAGUUUUAUCAUGCAGACAGUCCCUCUGUGUAAGUUUAAAUAGUCUCAUUCCUCCCGUCACGUUAUCUGUUUCGCUUCUCCAUUCCCUCUCCAUUUGCAGAUAAAAGCUUCAUCAUUGUGUCGGCUGGAUGACUAUCGAGUCCUUAUGAAAAUGCAAAUGUAUUUCCAUGCAGGAGAAUGUGCCGCUGGUGGAAUUUGACUUGAGAUGGAGGGGGAUUCCUCGCGGUCAUUUUUUACUUUGUUAAAAGUCUUUUGUCAUUCAAGACCCCAUCAUGUUGGGAGCCAGCUGUUUCAGUGAGGUAGGGGCCCUUCCAAAUGGCUUCUGUAAGGCUGGCACUUUCGCCACCGCUGACGUGAGUUUGGGGGCCCUCAGGCUGAAGCCUCGGUGCUUUGAUGAGGUAACGGCGGACCCCAGAAGCCCAGCCCCUGUGUUGCACCACCCCUUCCCUCUCCCCUCCUCCUUACCCCUUUCCAACCAGCCUAGCCAUGGGCCAGAAGAUCUCGGGGAGCAUCAAGUCUGUAGACGUGCGCGGGGAGCCGUCCUACAGGCCUCUGAGGAGGGAACUGAGAGGCCCGGAUUUCUUCAAGCCAGCCCGGCUGGACCUACUCCUGGACAUGCCCCCUGCUCCAUAUGAGCAGCAGCUCCGACAUGCCUGGAAUCCGGAUGACCGCUCGCUUAAUAUCUUCAUCAAGGACGAUGACAAACUCACCUUCCAUCGGCAUCCUGUUGCCCAGAGUACUGAUGGCAUUCGUGGAAGGGUGGGAUACACACGAGGACUCCAUGUUUGGAGGAUCCAUUGGCCUGCUCGGCAACGGGGCACACAUGCGGUGGUGGGCGUGGCCACAGCAGAUGCCCCGUUGCACUCGGUGGGCUACACUUCUUUAGUUGGCAGUGAUAGCGAGUCCUGGGGCUGGGACCUGGGGCGUAACAAGCUCUACCAUAACAGUAAGAACCGGCCAGCCUCUUCUGCACCCACAUACCCAAGCUUCCUGGAGCCAGAGGAGGCCUUUGUGCUGCCAGAUGCCUUAAUGGUGGUGCUGGACAUGGAUGAGGGCACAUUGAGCUUCAUGGUUGAUGGACAGUACCUCGGAGUGGCCUUCAGAGGUCUUAAGGGCAAAAAGCUGUACCCCAUUGUCAGCGCGGUGUGGGGCCACUGUGAAAUCACCAUGCGUUACAUCAAUGGCCUAGAUCCGGAGCCUCUCCCUCUGAUGGACCUGUGUCGACGUGCAGCGCGGCUGGCUCUGGGACGAGAGCGUCUACAGGAGAUCGAAACAUUGCCUUUGCCCCAGUCUCUGAAGAAUUACCUCCAGUACCAGUGAGAGCACGGGCCCUCACGUAGAGAUGCACACACGGACACAGCGAGGAAGCCUGAGGUGCUACUAUAGCGCCACCAUCAGGCUGCAGAGGGAAAAUGUUUACAUUGUGGCUCACUGGUGGAAUCUUAAGUUUGUUUUUUUGUUUGUUUGUUUUUCCUUUUUAUUUCCUUCUUUAUGAGUUGUUUAAAUUAUUGAUGGCUUUGGAAGAAGCUCAGGGGACAGUGUGACGCGGGGCUAGAGCGGCGGCAGCUCAACAGACCUGCAGCGCCUCUAGGUGUACGUCUCGCCUUGGAGAAUUCGACAGGAAGCACAUUAACCUUGGGAUGCCUUUGAAAGCCCACAGUAAUAAUCGUUCCUCUUUCCCUGGGUGUGAAGCCUGCAGAGAACAGUCAUUGGACACAGGACACCGAGGCGUCCGCAGGUCGGGUUUAGCCACCUCCGUGUCAAAAUGGGGGCCUCAAACCCCUGAAGAAACAAGCCCUGGAAGGUACAGUACCUUUGCACAGGACCACCAGGGACGGUUACAUAACUGACAGCAACCAUUCUCCUUUUUUUGCCUGGGAUGUAUGUGUAUUCCUGAGGACACUUAUGCGUGUACGCAUGAAAACGACCAACAAUCGUAUACGGAUUUCACUUCUUCUUGUUCUCUGUGGGCUUGAGUCACUUUUCUAUCUGAUUUUAUUGUCAGUGUGAGAUUUCAGUUGAUGAUGAUGAUUUUAUCAAGAUGUUUGGCUAUCUUUUAAUUUUAUUUAUCAAGUUUGAGUUCCUUUUUAAUGAACUGAGGAUGUGCGAGCGAGCAUAUUGAUAUCGAACACUAUCAUACACUCAUCACACAUCACAUUUAAACUGGGAUGCUGCUUUUAUUAUUAUUAAUAUUGUUAUUAUUCUGUCUGAAUGCUUAAAUAGAAGUCUGGUUUGUCAGAGGCACACAGUGGAAUGUAAAGACCUUGCUAGCAUUAGCAUAUUUGAAAUGUGAAUAAAAGCCAAGUGAAUGAGAA